CUCGCAAUGCUAGUGGCGUGCUGAUACAGUUUCUGAAUCAAAUCCGUUACCGGCUCCCUGUAGCUCAGAGCACAAAUGUAGCGGUGUCAAGACCAGUGAGGGGAGACGAUGUAGAUUGGGUGACAAGACAAGAUUCCAUCGUAAAUGGAAGCAAGCAAAACUUGAAGACGUGGUGAUAGGCCAACCCGGGUCUCAGGUUCCACCACGACUCACCAUAUGUACAAGUUAUUACUCCUCAAACCGCUCGAAUUCAUCUAUAGCUUUACGGCGAAAAGGGUAUCACCGUUUCUCGUGCUCCAUGCUCGGCCAUUCCGCUGCCCGACGUUUGAAAUGGCCGUCAUUUAUGUCUUCUAAAGGGACUGCGUAUACAACUUUCGCCCUGGACACGGUGGUGGACGGACUUGGAUAUUGAAUCAUUCCGGUGAGAAUUGAAAAUACGGGCAUUAACAAGAGUUCCCGUUCGGGAAACCCGCUGCGAUAUUGUUCCUUUGCGGAUCAAUGCUAAAGGUACGGCGUAAAUAUGACACGAACAAAGCAACAGUGCUUACGACUUGGAUGGGAUCCAAUGCGUAUUUAAUCCUCCUGUCUACGACAAGGACUUCACGACAUAGUCAACACUUACGUUUUCACCAAUGGAUAGUAAACCAUCGACGCUUCCUGAUCUACUCCUCUCUCGUUCCAAAGAUUCCUCUGCUGAAAUUGGCUUCCUGGAUACAGAAGGGCGUAUUUCAAGUUCCAUGUCAUAUUCUGACUUGUACUCGGAUGCAAGCAGAAAUGCCCAGCGCCUUGCAGCUGCUGGAUUAAAACCAGAAUCAGAUAUCGUGGUGACGAGCUUCCCAGACCACGAAAGUCACAUACGCAUCCUAUGGUCUUGUCUCCUCGCUGGAAUCCCUGUCUGCCCUAUACCACCACUUCAUCCAGACACGUCCCGUCAAGUGCUCUUUUUCCAGAAUAUUCAAACUAUUUUCCACGGACCAACGCUCAUCACCCACGAGCAAGCUAUUCCUGGCAUAAAGGCUGUAUUCCCAGACAUCAAGACCGUAUCGCUGAUUGAACUUGAAGCACAUGCUAUAGACGAGUCAACAAAGUCUUUAGUGUUUCCCGAACGUCGGGUUAAACAAGAUGAUAUCGCUUGUCUCAUGCUUACAUCUGGAUCAACUGGAAACUCGAAAGCUGUCGUUCUUCAUCACUCGAACCUCUUGUCAAGCAUUCGUGGCAAGAUUAAACACCACAACACGACGUCGACAUCUCGUUUCCUCAAUUGGAUUUCCUUCGAUCACGUUGCGAGCGUUUCAGAGGCUCCGAUGGCUGGGCGCGAAAAGGAUUACAUCAACAUUAACGGAAUCAAACGCCCGAGCAUUGAUAUCGAGCAUUUCAUUGAAGAUAGUGCAAUAGACGGUGUCAUGAGGUCGUUCGUGUACGUUUGUGCCAUGCGCUUACCCGAUACUGACACGGAGACGUAUGCGGUCUUCUACCAGCACAUGAUUCGCGUGGAAGAUGAACUCAGCGCGGAAGAUAUCCAGGCGAUACUGAAGACAAAUCAGGAUAUUCGGAACGCGUGCAUCAUUUUCUGUCAACUUGCACCGCACGUCAUUUUUCCUCUGCCCCGCCAAAGCUUCGUCAAGACUUCAUUGGGCAAAGUUUCCCGGACGGCCCUCAUGUCUUCGUACUUGCAAGGCGCGUACUUCGCUUUGGACUCAAAAUUGCAUACAAGGAAUGCCUCGUCACCCUUAUUGUCCAUCACCAAGUCUCCACAGAAUUCGAUUGAGGAAAUUGUAUUAGAAGCAAUCGCAUCCGCCCUGGACAAGGAGAACCUGACACUGGGGCGUUCGCAGAGCGUGUUUGACAUGGGUGUUUCGUCCAUGCAUCUUAUGCGAUUAAAGCACGUCCUUGAGGGGCAGCUUGGCAUUUGA